AUGUUACUGUCACUCACGAUGUUCACGAGAAGAUGGAACAUGGUCAAAUCUCACCCGAUGGCUUCUUGUCAAACUCUGCUGCCCCAGAGCUUAUGAAUAUGGCAGGAGAUGGUAUCCCGCCCGACCAAGUGGAUUCCCUGUCUGAUGAUUUCACUAGUCUCAGGAAAGAUGACCUGAUGCACAGUCCUGGUAGUAAUGCACUCGUAGGAGGAACCAAGAACUGCAGUGUCUCUGUAGAUGAUCGAAAAGUCUCGGUAACGUCUGCUUUGGAAACUGGGCCAAAUACGUCGCAAAUAACUCCUGCUAUGGCACAAGGAAUCAAUGCUGAUAUAAAACACCAGUUAAUGAAGGAAGUUCGAAAAUUUGGACGAAAGUAUGAAAGAAUUUUCACUUUGCUUGAAGGAGUGCAAGGACCUCUUGCAGUGAGGAGGCAAUUUAUUGAAUUUACCAUCAAGGAAGCUGCAAG